AUGAAUGCAAUGGACGCUAGAGAGAGAAGAAGAAACAGAAAGUUAUAUUUGGAUAAUAGAAAAUCCAAAAAACGUUGUACUACAUCAUCAUCUCUCGUUCAAAUAGUACUACAGAAUCUACAAAUGCUAAAGAGAGGAGAAAAAUUAGAAAGCAAUUGUAUAUUCAAUAAUAACCUUCAAACACCAAUAUCUAUUAACAAACACAAUUCAAUGUUUGUGAAUUCCACGACAUCCGGUAAUCGUUCGACAAUAAUCCAGAAUUCUUCAUCAAUCAAGUUACCAAGAGGAAAACAUCAAUUAAAAAGGAAGACUCCAGAUAUAUCCUCUAUACCUGUUUUUGACUUGACAUUAGAUGAAGAAAGUAAUCAUGAUCAUAUUGUCGAAGAUAAAUUUCGCGAUUACUUGGAUCAUGGAGACGAGAUUGUUAUAUGUCAGAUUUGUCAUGCAAAAUUAUGGCUAGAUGAAUCGCUUAGAGGACAAAAAAAGGCAAUACGUCUUAUUCCUUAUGUUGUGGUUACGGAAAAUGGACCAAGGAGCGCUUCUACAUCAAGUUCAAGGUCAUAUGAUCUCCAAAUUAUAGAAUUUUUGAAGGAUAUGUUAGAUUCAAACAAUGCGUUAGUCAAGUCUUAUAGGAUGGUAAGAAACAGUCUUCAUGAUAAUCCUGUUGCUAACUUGAAGUUAAGAUUAAUCGGAAAAGAAGAACAAGAUGGAAGGACGUAUAACUUACCAACUUCUUCUGAGGUAGCCGCUUUAAUUGUCGGUGACAUUUGUGAUUCAAUUGAAAAAAGAGACAUCAUUGUUGAAACCUCAUCAGGAUUACUAAAGCGUAUCAGUGAAUUACAUCCUUCUUACCUUGCUCUUCAAUAUCCAUUACUAUUUCCAUAUGGCGAUGAUGGUUACAAAGUUGACAUCCUUCAUAGAGGUAUUACAUCUUCAAGUAACAGCAAGCGCCCGACCUGUACUAUGAGAGAAUUUUUCGCUUACAGAAUUCAAGAUAGAGAUCAAUCGUUCUCACUACUUCUUAAUGCAAAAAGGUUGUUCCAACAAUUUUUGGUUGAUGGUUAUACAAUGAUUGAAAGCGAGCGAUUAUUUUUCAUACGUAAGCAACAAAAAAUUCUUAGAUGUGAGUCUUAUGAGAAUCUGCGUAAUCACCAAGUACGUGGUAGUACAUAUAUUUCGAACGUUGGUCAACGUGUGAUUUUACCUUCUUCAUUUACCGGUGGUGCACGUUAUAUGAUGCAAAACUAUUUGGAUGCCAUGUCGCUAUGUAAAUGGUUUGGAUAUCCAGAUUUUUUCAUAACCUUUACGUGUAAUCCAAAAUGGCCAGAAGUUCAAAGGUUUCUUAAGGACACUCCACUUCAUCCUGAAGAUACACCGGAUAUAUUAUGUAGGUUAUUUAAGAUAAAGUUGGAUGCAUUUAUUAAAGAUUUAAGGGAAAAUGAAAUUUUUGGCAAGGUUCAAGCAGUGGUUUAUAUAAUUGAAUUUCAAAAACGAGGUCUGCCUCAUAGUCAUAUAUGUUUGUUUAUGCAUUCUGACUACAAGCUUCCUACAGUUGAAUAUAUCGAUCCCAUUAUUUCUGCUGAGAUUCCAAAUAUCGAAGAAGAUCCAGAAUUAUAUUCACUUGUCAGGGAGUUCAUGAUUCACGGUCCAUGUGGAGCUGAAAAUUUGAAUUGCCCAUGCAUGGUGGACAGAAAGUGUUCUAAAAAGUUUCCAAAGCAAUUCUGUAAUCAUACUUCAGUUGAUUCAGAUGGUUUUCCCUUAUAUAGGAGAAGAAAUGAUGGACAUUUUGUUGAAAAAUCUGGUGUUCAGUUAGAUAAUAGGAAUGUUGUUCCAUACAACAAAUAUCUAUUAAAAAGAUAUCAGGCACACAUUAAUGUUGAAUGGUGCAAUCAGGGAUCUUCUAUAAAGUAUUUAUUUAAAUAUAUAAACAAGGGUCCUGAUAGAGCGACUGUUGCUAUGGAGCCAAGCAAUAAUGAUUCUGAUAACAAUGAUGCAGUGGAUGAAAUCAAAGAAUACUAUGAUUGUAGAUAUAUAUCUGCAUGUGAAGCAUCAUGGCGGAUUUUUAGUUAUGAUGUUCAUUAUAGGUAUCCUGCUGUGAUUAGACUACCUUUUCAUCUUCCUGGUCAACAACAAGUUGUAUAUGAGGCAGACGACGAUAUUGAAGAUGUUCUUGACCAGCCUUCAGUUGCUUCUUCAAUGUUCACAUCUUGGAUGAAGUGUAAUGAAAUCAAUAAAGAUGCACAGAAACUUACAUAUGUUGAAUUUCCUAUAAAGUUUGUUUGGAAACCUAAACUUAAUAUUUGGAAGCCAAGGAAAAUUGGAUAUUCUAUUGGUAGAAUUCACUCGGUUUCACCUAAGGUUGGCGAAGCGUAUUUUUUAAGAAUUCUUUUAAAUAAAGUGAAAGGUCCAAAAUCCUUCGAAGAAAUUCGCACAAUCAAUGGUGAAAUAUGUUCUUUUAAAGAUGCAUGCUAUAAUCUGGGCCUUUUGGAUGAUGACAAAGAAUACAUCGAAGCAAUUAAGGAAGCAAGUGUUUAUGGAUCUGGUUUUUAUCUACGUUUCUUAUUUGCUACGAUGUUAUUGUCCAAUAGUUUGUGUAAACCAGAGAUUGUGUGGGAAAACACAUGGGAAUACCUUUCAGACGGAAUUCUUUAUUCUCAACAAAAGAGAUUAAACUCUCCAGUAUUUAUCAUACAAGUUUAUCACUAA